CUCAGCCUCCCGGGCCCUUAGCCGGAUCAUCAGAGUGACAUCCACGCCUCCGUGUCCUCGACCGCGCGACAGCACUUGCUAGACUCUGAUACCCUUCUUUUGCUUCCUUUUCACUGUUCGCACGAUCCGAUACUGGACUGGAUCUUGGAACGAGCAGCCGUUUCCAGCGCGAUGGCAUCCCCGAUGGUUGAAGGAAGGGUCGAUCCCCACAAGAAAGCACACUUCAGCCUGCACAUCAGCGACCGGAUAACAAAGGACAAUGGAGAACUGGGCAGUUACAGCAGCGUUAAAUACAACCACAAACCGGCGCAGUCCACCACUUCCAGAACCACGACGCUGACGUCUACAACCGCCAACACAUACAACCUCAGACUUGAGGAUGAGAAGAAAGGGAACAAGAAGGACAUUUUUGUCUUUAAAGGGCAGAAAACCGUGCCUAAGAAAUCGUACAUUCUCCUCCUUGACCCCGCGUCACAGAAAGCCACGCUCGAACCGCUCUCCUCCACAUACACCUUCAAUCUUACCUCCAAGAAUGGCGCCGAUGUUUCGUCUUCGUAUCCAAAGCUAUACCCACGAAAGCAAAAGGAAGAUGUGCAGGAUGCAGGGGUUGCUGACGACCUGUUCGACGAAGGGGGAGCGGGCGAUGACCCGGAUCCAGAGAACCCCUACGACUUCCGGCAUUUCUUGAACAAGGAAAAGAGGGGCGAUGAGUCGGAGUAUAACAUCGCUUCAUCCCCAGAUUACAGAACAGGCACGGGCAGCGCGAUGAACACGCCGCAAUUCCCCGCCCGCAAGCCCGCGUCCGCCGUGAGCUCGAAACCAAAACCUACAGCACAAGCAGCGCCUAAGCCUAAGAAGCGCAAGCCAGACCCGAAACCCCUUGUAUCGAAGAAGGCAGAAGCGAAGAAACAGCAGGCGCCACCCAUCCGCCUCGAGCGCCGCGCAACCGAGCAAAAGAAGCCCCAAGCCUCCGCCGCAAAGCCCUCGCGCAAGGCCGCCGCACCACCUCCCUCCGCAAAGAUAAAGUCCGCAGAAAUCGUCCACUCCUCAGACGAAUCCGACACCGAUGCCGAACCCGAUCAUGAGCCCGAGCUCGUCUCUUCUCCACCGCGCACCCAGCGCUCCCCAUCGCCCGUACAACGCCGGCAACUGACGCCUGAAUCUGACGAAGACGAGACCAUGGAAGACGCUAUCGGCGGGGCCUUGGGCCUCGAAAUCGAAGUCCCCGACGCGCGACCCUCUAAACCGCGGCACAACGCACUCAAAUCGCUGGGUUUGGGUCCGAAUCUCGGGCUCGGAUACAGAAAAUCUCCAUCUAACGGGCCCAUCUCGCUCGUCAGCGCCACGAACAGCGUCGAAGGGAGUCCGAACCCCCACACAUUCACGCCACGGAAGAACCGCGCCCAGGAAGAAGACGGCGUUAUCGACUUCGGCAACUUUGGUGGGAGGGCAGAUGAUGAGGAUGAAGAAGAGGCCGAUGAUGGCGAUGUAGAGCCCAUGGAUAUUGGCCCACCUGCGCAGGCACAAAGGAUAAUGAGUGUGGGAGGCGGGUUGGUCAAUGAAGCCGACGCAGAAGGCGAGGAGGAGGACCCGCUGUAUAAGGAGAUGAUGGAAGGGCUGGCAGGAGGUGAGAGCAGCGAAGAGAGUGAGGAAGAAUAGACCAGUGCCAUGGCGUCUAUGCAUAUUGAUCUUGGAAGCGCGUGUAUGGAUUGGUGUUUAGAAUACCCUAGGUCUUCGGACUUGCUCUUAUCUCCCAUCUCGUUGCGAUAUCGACGCUUUGGCGUAUGAAAAUGGCCUGGAUUAGUCGCGGUAAGGUUUCUUGCUGGUAGAUUUAGAUGGCGGACGAUGUGCGUGCAAAACAUUAGCAUAGCGACGACUACUAGUAAAAAUCACAUCUUUAAGACAUGG